AUGCCAAUUCUCAAAGCUUCCUCAACAGACAAUGCUCAACUGUACUCUCGGUUUGGUACCCCCUUCGCAUUCCCUCCAUCUCAUUCAUCAAAGAAAUCAUCUUUAUCCCCCAUAAAUAAAAGGGGGCUACCGGACGUUAGGUCAUCUCAAUCUUCAGUACGUCCUAAAAGACAGAAAUCCAGCCUGAAGGCACCGAGAAGAUCCAAUUUAUCCGCCUCAGACUGCGAGUUUCCUGAGCUUAUUACAACGAGCAAAUGUCAAAAUGAGUCUAUUUGCGAUGAUUCUGAAUGCGAAGUUCCACCUUGCAACGAUCCAGGGUGUGAUGGUAAUAAUUUAAUCUGCGUAUAUGGCGACAAUUGCAACGUUCCAACUGCUUGUGAGGAGAAUUGCUUUGAGCGCCAAAAUAAGUCGAAGUCUUUAUACGAAGGCAACUGGGUAGGAGGUGGGCUGGAAAAGGUCGAUCAAUACAAAUCAAGACAGUCAAAUUCAGAUGGGUCAUUUUCACCGCUAAACUCGCAUAACGACUCAUGUGAUUUCUCUUAUAAUCAUGUAGAAGCAUGUCUUCCACAGGCUAAUAGUGCCAUUCCUCACAACUUGUGUAGUCAUUCGUGGGAUAGCCCAAGUCGAUUUCCUCUAAGUGGAGAACAUUCAUUCACUUUUCAAUGUCCAUGGCUUAAUUGUAGUCGAGUCAUAGAAAAUGGCGAGCAGUGGAACUCGCAUUUCUACCAAGAACACAUUGAUCCCCAGAUGAUCUACAGCUGUCCCCUACAAACAGAUAUCUGUUCAGCGACGAUGGCUACAGAUCCUUUGGCUCAUCUCCAAACCUAUCAUGGGUUCAACUUUACUCCAAACCAGAACGGAUAUCGGUGCCCAAGUGAAGCUUGCCAAAAUAAUACCGAAUCCUUUAGCCCGCUAUCCUUUCAUGAUCAUUUAUGUCAUAACCACGCUAGUCCUGGAUCUGGGCAGCUUCAAUGCCGGUUAUGGGCGUGUGGGAAUUGGUUUGAUGAUCCUGAUAAGCUUCUAACUCAUGCCAUGCAGAAUCACACUAUACCGGUCUGGGGCAAGUCGAUGAAAGAGCAUUCAUCUCCUGAUGAAUUAUGCUCGCCAGUGUACCAAAGUAACAGCAACCUCGAGGUAAACUUAGAAUCGGUAAACGAUCAGACUACAACUAAAGAUCUUGGUGGAAAUGGGGAGCAAGAAGAGAAAGAUGGAGUAGAUGUGGGGCCACUAAUAUGUCAACAGGAACAAGCAAAUUCCAAUCAAACUAAAUGUUCUCCCAUGAAGACUUCAUUUAGUACAACAAGGUACGCUCUACAUCACUGUCAGUGGAAAGAUUUGAGUGGCAAUAUUUGUCGAAUGCGGUUCCCUACAGAGAAUGAUCUUCAAAAUCAUGUCAAAGAUAGCCAUCUUGAGCCCUUGGAUGUAAAAACGGGGUACUACUGUCGUUGGGACAAAUGUACGCGGGAAGUGAAGUUAGGAUCCAAAGGAGGCUUCUCCCAGAGAGGCAAACUCGAGAGACAUAUGGCUACCCAUACUAAUUUUAAAUGCUCCUCGUGUGAUAUUUGUGGAGCAUCAUUUUCCGCACCGCAGGCUAUGAGACAACAUCGCAGGCUUCAUACAGGCGAGCGGCCAUGGAAAUGCCAACACUGUGAUAAAACUUUCACUCAGCAGAGUGCGUGUACGGUUCAUGAGCGCACUCAUACUAAUGAGAAACCCCUCGAGUGCCCCAUAUGUUUCAAAAGGUUUUCAGAGUCCUCUAAUCUGACUAAACAUAGGAAGACUCAUGGAGAAAGAGGUGCGCAUGUAUGUACAGUUGCCAAGUGUGGAAAAUCCUUUCAUCGAUAUGACCAACUCAAGCGGCAUCUACUUACACAUCUAAACUCUAUUAAGACCGAAGAUAAAACGAUGAGCUGUCCGAUAGACGAGUUGAAGACUAACACGAAAUGA